CGAGCGGUGACGUCACACGUGGCAAAUAUUGCCAUUUGAUAAAAUCAGUCAAAAUGGCAAGCAACGCGACAACUUCAGACAGCGAUAGCGAUCAUUCAAGCUCAGAUUCGGUGGGUUAUCUGGAUUCAGUUACAGAAGUAGAGAGUGAACCAGCUAGCCUUUCACUUCAAGGCAUCUUGCCUUAUCAGUACGAUCCUCCUGCCCGGCAAUCGAACAACGAGGCAGAAACUUGUGAAAGAGAAGCGGAUUCCGCAGCCGGCGAGACUCGAGUCGGCAAUACUGAAUGGUGUACAUGUCAAUGCUGUGAAAGCAUGCCCACUGCAGAUGAAUGUGUAUGCUGCAGAGAGAUCUGGCAGGUGAUGGAACAAAUAGAGAGUUUGCAACCUACUGACCAGAUAGAAGACACCGACGAGAAAUCAAGGUGCAUUAUUAGCCACCCAGGCUUUAGAGAAGGCUGUCUCAGUGUUUGGACACUGAAAAUAGCGUAUCUUCAAUACAAACAACAACACAGAGCAGUUGAUGGCCCACUACACCAGAAGUAUCGAUAUACAGCUUAUCGACAGUUUGUACGUUGGUGCUGGGGUGUACUCAGCCCAAAAAUCAGAGUCCCGCUGCCUGCAUGUGCUGUAACCGAGAUACGGAAGACUUACCCUGAACCGGGAGGCCGCUAUCAGGGAUUUCAAUGGCCAAAUCUGUAAUUUGACAUAAAUCAUACAGCUG